AUGGAGCGACCAGUGAUUCGACGAGGUCGUAAGAGGUUUCGUCGGCAGCAGGAUGGGCAUCGAGCUUAUGUUCAUUGGCGCGAUGAAUCUGAUUGUGGGUCUUCAGAUUUUGAUUGCCACAAUGAAUUCAGUUCAUCAAGUGAUGAUACAGAAGUUUUUGUCCACCCAAGGAGGAAGAGAAUUUUAGAUGAUGCACUUUUUGAGUUUUUCAGCAAGGAGGCUAUUAAAUCUCUUAAAAGAGAUUUCUCAAAGUUCUGUAGGUCUUCCAAUGUAUGGAAAGAGAAUAAAAGAGUAAAGAAAUCUGGGAUUGACAAGUCAUCCUUCACUGUUUAUUCAACCAAGUAUUUUUUCGAAGUGUUGCGCCGCCUUUCUGAUGCUCAGAAGUCUGUUAUUGAGAAGUUUGGUUUCCAUUGUUUACUUGUUUUUGGCAAGACUGGCAUUCCAUCACCUUUUAUCCGGUGGCUCUCUUCAUGUGUCGAUGCUCUCUCUUCGCAAAUCAUUGUUGAUGACAAGAUAUUAAAUGUUUCAAAAGAUUCUUUUCAUUUUGUUCUUGGUUUGCCAAGUUCUGGAGCUGAGUUGGCUAAGAUCUAG